UUGCCGUAUGGGGUCAGCGGGUUUCAACGUUCAUUAUUUCUAGGGUUUAGAAGGUGCCGAGUAUGAUUUUGAUACUGAAAAAUGGCGGGGAAGAGCACGCUAGAGCUGGGAGUUGAGGGUCAGAGGCAUCUGGAAGAGACCAUAAACGCCGCCUUCCAGAUUUUAUCUUCCAUGAACGACGAGCUCUGCAAUCCCGUCCUCUGGGCCACGUCGUCCGUCUCACACGGCGGAUCUGUUAAUGUUACCGCUACCCAGUUUCCUGCCGGCGGCGGCGAGACCUCGUCGGAGAUGUCCUCUCACACGCCGGAUGCGGGUGGAAGUGGUGGUGGCCUAGGUGGAUUUGGUGGCGCGGGAGGCGGUGCUCUUGACGAGGCCCGACUUCGGUAUAAAACUGCGGUGGCUUCUCUUCGUGCUGUCCUUGCUGCCAUCCCUUCUUCCUCCCAGGAGAACGGUGCCUUGGAAGCAAAAGUGGAUCAAGUAGAGAUUGAGAGAUUAGAAGAGCGCUGUGCUGUUUUAAGGAAGGAACUUGCAGAUAAGAACAAACACCUGAAGCUUCUGAUCGAUCAAUUUAGAAAUCUAGUUGCUGAUGUUUCAAUGUGGAACAGCCCUUUUUCUGUAUAAGAUGUGAUGAUUUAUGAACUGUGUACUAUGGUUAGGUGAUUAAAUGUAAUAUCUAACAAUAAUUAUAAUUUUAAGAAAAUAAAUUGGGGUUAAUGCA